UUUGAUGUUUGUCCGAGGAGCCACCAUGGAGAGCUCCUUGGAGCCGUAGGUUGCAGACCCCUGCACUAAAGUGAAACUCAUGAAAGCAAAAUCGAAGACAGAGAAAGAGCUGUGAGAGACAACAUAUCUGAAAAUGUUUGUGUUGUGAACACAAAAAUGUAUUUUGAAAGCAUACAUUUAAUAUAUUUCUUUGCAACUUUCUCCGUCUUUCUUUAUCUUUUCUUUGCAAUUUAGGUAAUUUUGAUCUCAAAACUGACUUUUGCUAAUGUGCUGUCCCAAAAAUCACUCCAUACAAAUCGGUUUCCCUGGUGAGGACAGAGAAACGGGAAACACUCCCCCCUGCUGUCUGAACCGGGGACUGCACGUUGUCAGAUCGUAGGGAACUGCCGCUCGCCUUUGUGUGAUCCUGAAAGCUCAUCGAGCAAACUUUGAAAGCAGUUUUUUUUUCUCUUUGCCUCCGUCGCUCCGGUUGCGUUUCUCGGUCCUCCGUGGACAUGGUGCGUGUGUAGCCGCCGCGGCACGGCGGUAGCAGCUCUCUGCCCGCGGGUUUCCGGUGUCUGUCCGUCUGCUGGAGGAUGGCGUCCGGCUUCGACCGCAUCCUCUCCACCGGCGGUCCUCCUCCUCAUCGAGGUAGCCGCUGAUGUCGAGCCCCGGCCGGGGACCACGCCGAGACGCGACGAUCAUCAGCUCGAGUGAGUAUGGCGGUUGUUCGGGCGGCCGCGCGGGGCUGCUCGGCUGCUGCGGGGUUUCCUCGGCGCUGCCCGGGGAGGCCUGCUGUACUCCGGGGUCCCUCAGCGGCGCAGACUCCCAUCAUCCAUCCAGUGUGGCCUUUCAGGGAGCGGGGUUCUCCCUACAUCCGUCUCCUGCCCCCGUUGCAUCCCCAGAGCCCCCCUCUCUGAUGGCGGACGCUUCCCGCUGACGGGACUUGGUUACCCUCCGGGCCGAACGGGACCGUAUUUUUAGCGGGAGAGAGGGGCGGCGUACUUGGGGAAGGAAGUCCAGAGAUGUAGCAUCGUUAGCUGCAGGUUAGCUGUCGCAGCCUGACGGGCUAACGGCGGACGGAGUUCCAUCCAGAGCAGAACCGCUUGACCCAAAUGUUCCCGCCGGUACAUAUAAAGCGAGCAGAUGUUUCCGAGUCCAGAGAGCAGAUUUCUGCCGUUAGCCGACAUCUUUACCCACUAAAUGUUAGACUUCCGCUUCAGGAAAUAGACCGAGCCCAUCAUUUCUGCUGUUAUUCGGCGGACGGUCCCGCUCAUGUUCGCCGUUUUUCAGCGUAACGGGACGGUGGGAGUUGUUGGGAACGGGUUUGGGUUUGUUUUUGUCGCUAACCAUCGUAACGGGAGCCGCGGGAGUUCAGAUGUGAAGAGUCCUCAGUCUGAGCAGCAUCUCAGAUUUGAACCGGCAGCCGUGAAGCUGCUGGCGGCAGUCAGGAGCUGCGGACGGCAGCUGUCAUUCUCAGCGGUGUUUGUCUGUUCCCCCCUCUGUCCGCUGAGCAAACACCCCCCAGGAGCUGGUUUCCCUCUCCCUCCGGUCACAUCUGGGACCAAACCGGUUGUUUUCUGAGCGUCCGGCUCCCACAUCAGAGGUGGAAGGAUGACGGAGGCAUGGCAGCAGCAGCAACAUGCAGUGGCUCCACCCUCUGUCGUGCACACGCUCCCCCAAGGAGCCGACAACCCUCUGGGCUGCACCGUGUACGGAGUGGUUCUGCAGCCGGAUACCUCCCUGCAGCAGCCCCAGCACCCCCAGCAGCACGCCGUGCAGGCCCAGCAGCCCUCCUUACAGGUAGGGGGCGAUAGAGGGCACAAGUGCGGAGUGUGUGGUCUUGACAUUUCUCAUCUGGCCAACCCUCACGAGCAUCAGUGCAUGGUGACCCAGGACCGGUCCUUCCAGUGCACGCAGUGCAUGAAGAUCUUCAGCCAGGCCACGGACCUGCUGGAGCACCAGUGCGUGCAGGUGGAGCAGAAGCCUUUUGUGUGUGCCGUUUGUAAGAUGGGCUUCUCCCUGCUCACCUCCCUGGCUCAGCAUCACAACUCCCACGGCAACGGAAACAAUCCCAUGAAGUGCUCCAUCUGCGAGAAGACCUACCGGCCCGGCUCGGGGAACGUCACCCCAACCUCGUCUGGCGGAAACCCCCAGCAGCCCUCCACGGGGGAGACAUCCGGGGGCGGCGCCGUGAUCAGUGCCUCGUCCCCGCCAGUGUUUGAGGCCUCCGCCCCGGACAGACCCUACAAGUGCUCGGUGUGCCACAAGUCCUUCCGGCAUCUGUCCGAGCUUACCCGCCAUGAGCGAACGCACACAGGGGAAAAGCCAUACAAGUGUGACACGUGUGACAAGAGCUUCAGUCAGUCCUCACACCUGGCUCACCACCAGCGCACGCACAGCUCGGAGCGGCCGUACAAGUGCGCCGUGUGCGAGAAGAGCUUCAAGCACCGCUCCCACCUGGUGCGCCACAUGUACGCUCACUCCGGUGAGCACCUCUUCAAGUGUAACCUCUGUGAGAUGCACUUCAAGGAGUCGUCCGAGCUCCUGCACCAUCAGUGCCAGCCGGAGGGCGAGCGGCCGUUCCGCUGCGGCUCCUGCGGGAAGAGCUUCAAGCGGCCGUCCGACCUGCGGCAGCACGAACGCACGCACUCUGAGGAGCGGCCCUUCCAGUGCGAGGAGUGUCAGAUGAGCUUCAAGCAGCAGUACGCUCUGGUCCGCCACCGCCGCACUCACAAAAACCCCGCCGACCGGCCCUUCAAGUGCAACCUCUGCGACAAGAGCUUCCUUCAGCCGUCCCACCUGCUCUACCACCAGCAGGUCCACGGCAUGGAGAGCCUCUUCAAGUGUGCGUCCUGCCAGAAGUCCUUCAGCCAGUCAGGGGAGCUGCUGCGGCAUAAAUGUGGGGGGGAGGUGGAGAAACCUUACAAGUGUGACGUUUGCGGCAAAGGCUACAAAAAGAACUCUACGCUGCAGCGCCACCAGAACACACACUGCACCGAGAAGCCGCUCAAAUGCUCGCUGUGCGACAAGCGCUUCGUCUCCUCCUCCGAGUUCGUCCAGCACCGCUGCGACCCCACCAGGGAGAAGCCGCUGAAGUGCCCCGACUGCGAAAAGCGCUUCAGGUAUUCGUCGGAGCUGCAGCGCCACCGCCGCGUCCACACGGGGGAGAAGCCUUUCAAGUGUGCCAACUGCGACAAGAGCUUCAAGCAGCGCGAGCACCUCGCCAAGCAUCAGAGCGUGCACUCCAGGGAGACUCAGUUUAAAUGCGUGUGGUGCGGGGAGCGCUUCGUCGACCUGGCCGCUCUGCAGGAGCACACGGUCCAGCACACCGCAGAAGGGGAGAACUUCCCGGAAGCUCCGUGCAUCCCAUGAGGCUCCAGGCGUGACAGUCCCUGUGAGGAACUGCGCUCUUUUCUAAAGCACUCACCUGUUUUUCUUCUGUCGGUGAACUGUCCCCGCCCCUCCCUGCGUCACAGGAACCGGAUGAGUGGAGCUGGAGCCCUCGUUUCUGGAGAAAACACGUAGACUUUGAAGGUUUGGUUCAGAGUGGGGCCGUAGUCUGUGCUUGCAUGUGGUAGCUUGUUGUGUCAGUUUUUGAGAAAGGUGACCAGAACGUCCCGUCUCAGAGUUCUCCAGAGAGGCUCCUCUGUGGCCUCGUCCUCCUCGAUCUUUUUUUUGUAUCACUUUUCGUUUUCAUUUAAUGUUGAGUGAAAGCGAAGCCCCUCCACGCGGCAGCUGGCAUGUGCAGCAGGAUCCUCCGACAUACUCCAGCCCAGGUAUUACCAUCUGUUUGUGCAUGAAUAUUUAUCACAUUUAAUACCCCCGAUGUAUCAUAGACUUUGUUUAGGAAAACAUCCCAAGAGGAAAAAAAAUCCAGUGGUUUUGUGAAAAUGUAUAGCAAGUGAAGUGUGUGUUGUUGACUCUUUGUAUGAAGACAGAGCAGCGUAGGUGAAAACCCCAAACCCUUGGUGUCAGACACUCGUGCAAUAGAGGAUGCACAGUGGAAUAUUUAUGACUACUGAUUCCUGGAUUAGUGGACUCUGUCAUAUUAGAGACUGACUGUGUGUACACGCUGUAUAAACAUGGAUAGUGCUUAUGUUACCCGCUUUCUGUUUGCUAUGAAUGAACUGGCUGUUUCAUAAACAGCUUUACUCUCA